AUGGUGUCCCGACUAAUCUGUCGUCUGGUGGUGCUGGCGUUUGGGAUGCUGUACCCUGCUUAUGCUUCCUACAAAGCUGUGAAGACCAAGAACAUUCGUGAAUAUGUCCGAUGGAUGAUGUACUGGAUUGUCUUUGCAUUCUUCAUGUCAGUGGAGACCUUCACUGACGUCUUUAUCUCCUGGUUCCCUUUCUAUUAUGAGAUCAAGAUGGCUUUUGUGUUGUGGUUGCUCUCACCCUAUACUAAGGGAGCCAGCCUACUUUAUCGCAAGUUUGUCCACCCGUCCCUUUCCCGCCAUGAGAAGGAAAUUGAUAUAUACAUCGUGCAGGCCAAGGAACGCAGCUACGAGACAAUGCUCAGCUUUGGGAAGCGCAGCCUCAACUUCGCUGCCUCAGCUGCUGUGCAGGCUGCCACUAAGAGUCAAGGUGCACUGGCUGGCAGGCUGCGGAGCUUUUCCAUGCAGGACCUGCGCUCCAUCCCUGACACCCCUACCCCCACCUACCAAGAUCCCCUCUACCUGGAGGACCAGGUGCCCCGCCGGAGACCACCCACUGGAUACCGGGCAGGGGGCCUGCAGGACAGUGACACAGAGGGUGAAUGUUGGUCAGAUACUGAGACCAUCCCUCAGCCACCAGCCCGGCCCCGAGAGAAACCUCUGAGCCGUAGCCAGAGCCUGCGUGUGAUCAAGAGGAAGCCAUUAGUGCGGGAGGGCACUUCACGCUCCCUGAAGGUUCGGACAAGGAAAAAGGCUGUGCCUUCAGACCUGGACAGUUAA